AUGAGUUUUUCGUAAGUUCAGCCUGGAACCACGCGGUUUUCUAAACAGCUGUUUUUUUGCUGGGUUAGUCGCGCACGCUGGUGCUGCCAUACUUAACAAGCUAGCGAAUAUUUAACGUAACAUGAGGAAAUUAUUUUCUCUUUGCGGCAUAUUAAUUAUUUUGGCGCUGAAUUUCGACGCCGCGCUAACGCUGCGGUGCUAUGAAACCCACUCGGACGAUGCGGCUGGUCAGAUGCGGAUAACCACAUGCCGGAAUGCGCAGGCAGUCUGCAUGAAGGAAUUGGGCGUCACACACGACAGUAAAUUCUAUGUGGAGCGGACUUGCGUGCACGGAUGGGUCGGUCAGCUGGGGUGCAAUUCGGAACCGGAACACUACGGACAUGUUAUCUGCAUCUGCAACACGGAUCUCUGCAACGCCGCCCAAAGAACGCGAUGGCGCAGCUACGUUGGCGUAGUGUUAGUUGCCGUUGUGACGGUCGGCAGUACUUGGCUAACGCUUCCGUAGCGCAGGUUAACAUUUCGUAACCACGCUACAAAGCUGUUGUCAUCUUUGCACGACGUGUGUUUGGCAUACGACUUUUGCUUCCAUGUAAAAAAUUCUUAGAUGGCAUGUGGUACCACUGUAACUGUUUUUCAUAAAGAUUGCAAAAAGUUAGCGGUCCGCCAAGUCACAUGGUGUAGGCGCCGUUUGGAAAGCGACUGAAACCACCGUCACGGCAUCGUCACCAAGGAUAUCGUGCCUUGACGGAUCCACCGGCAUUAUGGCGACUGGGACAUAUGUAUCGUGGCUGUCUUCACGUGGGCGACGGCUAGAAAUAUAAGGGCGCAUAAGAAACUACAGUAUGUGAAAAUUCUAUGAAGACUUUGGAAACUAUG